AUGUUGGCGGCAACUCCGACUCAUGUGAAUGGCGCACCAGAGAUCUCGGACGGAGCACAAGACUCUGCUCCAAGGUCGUGGAACAACCUAAGGAGAUGGAGUGUCCGGAAGAGCCAAGCCAGUGCUAUGCACAACGAGCAGGACCGCUCCAAUACAGGGUUAUCAGGUACCGGGGUCAACGAGAACUAUACCACACAUCGCGAUGGAGAUGAACAGUCACGCCGAAGCCACGCAGUUGCCAUUCCUGCCUUGAGACAUGUCAUUGUACUCCUCGCUUUCUCCCUGCCGAUCGUUGCGCUCGCCCUCGUCGUCAAAGUCCCGGAGUGGUACGCCUUUGAAGCAGAGAACUGGGUGUCGAAUUCUUUUACACACUGCAAUUUCAAUGGCGAGUUUACGCCUCUGGACGAACCCACCUUGGGCCUUUGGGAUCCGGAGGGCUUCUUCUACAUCACGGUCUCCUGGGGCAAAAUGGCUUUCUCGACGGCAAAGUUGAUCGAUAUUGUUUGGGACAUAGUUGUUGGACGGGGGGGACAAGCUCUGCUGGCAUUCGUCACGUUUAAGGUCUCGUCGCAAUACUUGGCCCUGGCGAUGGUGAAAGCGCCCGUGUCCUACAACACUUUCGAGUCCCUGGCAUUUGUACCUCCCACUUUGGUCAGGACAGUUCGACUAGCUGGAGAUCUACUGACGAACCGGGGCUGGCAGGCGAGGUUGAUCAUGGUUUGGAUCAUCUUGAGCUCGCUGUUCGUUCUCUGCUUUUCCUCUCUGAUCACUGCCAUGUCGGGUUACAGCAGCAACAUCAACGCAGUGAUGCCAAACCACGAAAAUGAAUCAGUCUUGUGGUCCAAUUUUCAAGUAGUUCAAUUCGCCGUCAAUGAUGCCGAGCGAAUUGGCCAUUCUGGACCGCUCUUCAUUACUACGGGAGAUAUCUGUGUCCAGAGCGGCUUCCGCGACGACGAUGACGACGAGGAUGGCGACAGUGGGAGGUACUUUGCUAAAAGGUAUCUCGCUGCGGCAAACCCUCCCAGCCGACGUGACGACGAGGACGAGAACGAGGACGGCAAUGCAGACGGCAUUGGGGAGGUGCCUUGGGAGUAUGUCCCGGCCAACUGCACAACGUUUUGGCAUAUUGUGCAAUACGUGAGCACCUACGGGCUUCAAGCCAAGAAUCAUACAGAAAGUACGAUUGCUUUCAACGGGACGACCCACAAGCUUGCUGCCCCGGCGUUAGAUAUUACCACUUCCUACUCGCCAACCGCACUUUCCACAUUGUCAACGUACCUCAAUACCUUUUCGAUGUCCUCGCCGCCAGCUCAAGGUUCGCUCUCCUCGGUGUCUGAACUCACAGACAACACUUUCUGGGUUUACGACGAUGAAACCUAUUCUCUCUCCUACGUCCUCGACAACGCCACGUGUCGCUAUUCUAAAUGGCACAACUGGGGUUUCUCGUUCCUGUUCUUGUUUUCCACCUCUCUGCUACUCGCCAUAUGGUCCGUGGGGACCUAUGCGCUGUGGUUGUAUACACAUCUCCACAGUUCCCAGGACCAAGUUUCUCGCCUCAAUUCGACGGGCGGGAUCUACCGCUCAAGUUUUACACUUGUCGAAGCUAUGAAGCGAGACUUGGGUCCCGGCGCCGUUACCCCAGAGCUCAAGGAAUGCGAGAUCCGGAGCUUGGUCAGUCGACGACGUGGACGUGUAAUCCAUGGCGUCGGCAAUAUGGACACAGGGCCAUCACCGAUACUCUGCGAGCCUGAGAAGAACUUGACCACUUCUCCUUCCACGACCUCACCAACCAGCCAAUUCCCGACAAUACGCUGGCGCGCACUGCGCUCCUGGGUAUCUCCAUCAAUGCACCCGAGACCCAGCCAUGCAGACGAGAUGCAAUCUUCCGCAAACAGUGUCUUCACACAUGCAAAUUCAACCUUUUCAUCAACCUCACAACAUCCCAUCCUACAUUACCCUGCUUCACCAGGAAGGACCAUGACCAUGACAUCUCGAAUAUCUUCCCUAGCAUCUCCUCUGACAGAAGUUCCUCCUGAAUUCGGCUUCUCACCAGCGACACAGGCAGGCAUACUCGACGAGACCAGCGACGUUAGCGGUACCGAUCCCUCCGAGACAAGGACCUCGGGCAGGCCUCGACCGCGGCUGAGUCUGAGUCGAGCGAUACGCCUAUCAACGCAGGGCGGGACCAAUCCGCGAGCGGCGUCGUUGCUUUCAGCGUCCUCCACAGCACCAAAAUGUGUCUCGUCGCCUGGUCCUGUCACGCCGUCGGAUGACUCUCCUUCCACCAUCUCCCCUAUACCGGAGGACAAAAAGUACGAAGACGCUGUGAGAUGGAGGAACGACCUGGGCGACGAUUGA